CUUUCUAUCACGCGCUUCAAAAACGGUCUCGAUAAUCUUAAGAACUUUUCGAAUAAUACAAUGCCAGCGUUAGUUUUAAGAAAGGAGUAAAUUCUUCAAAUAAUGUGGCUGUUAAAAGUGUCCAUUCUCUUUAUUCUUGUGACUUUUUCACACUGCCAGUCCCUCGGAAAAUGUUGCAAUUACGGACAAAUUUUGGAAGAGUAUGCAAAUUCCACUUACAAUUGUAUUGUAGAUAAGAUAAAGAGACACGAUAUUUUUGCCACCGAAGUAAAUAUUUUAAAAUCAAAUCUCUCAACAAAGUGUAUAGAUUACAGUACCGAAUACUACGAAUUUGAAAUCCUCGAAGAAAAAAUUGUACAAAAAAGACUGCUUGAUGGACCAUAUUUUACAAAAUGCUGCCCUUUAGGCUACAUUUACGAACCAAAGAACCAUUCCUGUGUGAUUAAAGGCAAUUACGAUCAUACUUUCAUUCAUAACAAGCUCAUAAAAGUUGGAUUGCCGCAGUGUAGAAUAGUUGUGGACUCUGAAGUAUUGAGUUUGGGUGGACAUACAUCUGAAGACGAAUUUUGUGAAGACGAAACCAAAAAUGGUUUUGUGCGAAGACAAUGUAAAGAUGAGAAUGUCUGUUCUGAUAUACGAUGUGUUAAAAAGUGUUGUCGUGAUGGACAAAGUUUCGUCAAUGGAUCACAUUGUGUGGACACUUAUACAAAUGGAAUCGAUCUUAAGUUUUCAACAAAAGUUGAAGAUCCAGAUGAACCAUUUGCAAUCGUACACAACACCACAAGAUGCAGUGGGAAAUUCUACCUUAUGUCAGAAACCAGAUACAUUUUUAAUUUGUUAAAAAACGGCGAAUUUCAAUACUGGAAGAAUAUCACCAACUCUUUUGUGAUCGAAAAUCCGAUAGAUCUAAGUGGAUACUGCAUUGAAUAUUCCAACAGUCCUGCUUUUAAAGGAUUUUUCUUUUUUAACUGUAUACCAUCAGCAGCCAAUAAGCAAAAAUUCAACUACACAAAAUGGCCAAAAAUAUUAUCAUGUGUUUUCCUUGGAUUGACUAUUUUGAUUUAUAUUUUGCUAAAUCAAACUAAAAAGCUGUUCGGAAAGAUUUUGAUUAAUUACUGUAUCUCCACGUUGUGUAUGUACGCGUUACUGACUUAUGCCCAAAGUGAUCUUCAACCCAAUGAUCUUCCAUGCCAACUUGUAGGAUUUUUCCUCAUAUUCUUUGCCACAGUAUCGUUCGCCUGGUUAAAUGUUAUGUGCUGUGACAUCUGGCUCACAUUUGGAUCUACAAAACAUUCUAUUGGUGUUUACCAAAGAAGAACAGAAUUAAAGAAACUGAUAAUUUAUAUGACGUAUGGGUGGGGCAUGCCACUGCUUCUAACUCUUCUUAUUUACAUCUUUAGUAUUAUCGAUUCUCUGCCAGACUCCAUACGGCCAUAUGUUGGAACCAGCGCUUGCUUUAUAGUAUAUAGACCUGGAAAUUACGCCCCAUUUGUAUUUUUCCGUCUGCCACAUCUACUGAUUCAAAUACUCAACGCCUAUCUGUUUCUGAAGACCAUUUUAUACUGUUUACGGAUAAAAAAUGAAAUAGAACGGAUAAAUGAUACGAAAAAUGAAAAGAAAGUUAAAUUUAACCGAGAUAAAGAAAAGUUAUUUUUAAUAAUAAAACUAGCAGUUAUUAUGGGAAUAACAUUCAUUGUUGACACAGUGUCUGGAUUUGUCGACUUGAACAGUGCAGGGCCCUUCUGGAGAAAUUUCGAAAUAGUUAUUGACUGUAUCAAUUGUCUACAAGGUGUCGCCAUUUUUAUCAUCUUCCUCUGCAAGAAAUCAAUUUACGUUGAUUUUUUUAAGACUCCAACGGGCUCACGAAUAUACGAAGACUAUUAUUUAAACAAGUAUUGUUGUUUAAAAACUGCUAAUACAUAGCAAUGGUGUCUACAUUUUUAUCAUCUUCAUUUGCAAACGAUCCGUUUAUAACGAUUUCUUGAAGAAACUGCACCUUCGACGACGAGAUGCUUACCUGAGUAAUACGGAAUCAUUCACAACCUCUCAAACUCGAAUCAGCUUAAAACAUAGGAAUGGUGUUAAUAAAUAAGCUAACUGUGAUAUUAUUUAGUUUUAAAUUUUAUUUGAAAGUUAAUCCAAUAUUUAUUAGAAAUAUUUAGGUCGAAAUUGGAUAGGUAUUUUGUUACAUCGUAAAAUUUUUCAUCUGUGCCUAGUUGUCAAAAAAUAUCUCAAUGUAUUAUAAAAACAACAUCGAGUUACUACAGCCAAACCUUUAAAAAGUAUUAUUUUUAUUCUAUCUGCUUUUUGCUACAUAUAAUUUUCCACAUGGAUAAUAUAAUUAUAUAUUUUGUAUCAAAACAGCUUCCGAA